GGCUGGCGUGACGUCACCGUUAGCGCGGUAAGUUCGAGUUUGUCUGUCGCUGUUGUGAGAGCCAACAGCACUUUGAGUAAUGGACAUUUCUGAUCAUCACAUGACUGAAGUUGGCAUCAUCCGCCCAGAUGUGCACAUAGAGGUUCAUGUGAAAUCUCAGAGCACAGCCAAGAGGUCUGACGUGAGGACGCAUGUGCUGUCGCUGCUGGAUCGACACAGCUCGGUUUUAAGGUCUUUCAAGUGGACGGAGUUUGAUGAUGAAUUUCUAGCCAAAAAUGUGGAGUCAGUCACCAUAGGAGAUGUAGCUGGUCCGAAACUUGUGGAUCUGAAGGUUUACAACCUCUGUAUCCAUGUGUUUUCCCUGAAUGAUGACAGUCCGAGCACGCUCACUCUGGAGGAAGAGGAGGAGCUAUCUGCUGCCAAUCAUUGGCUCCUCCCAGCUGCUGAGUUUCACGGCAUUUGGGAGAGCUUGAUUUACGAGGAUGGCAUCAAAACACAACUCUUGGAUUAUGUUUCGACAACAAUUUUCUUCUCUGACAAAAAUGUUGACAGCAAUUUAAUUGCCUGGAAUCGUGUCGUGUUGCUUCAUGGGCCGCCUGGCACCGGGAAGACGUCUCUAUGUAAAGGACUUGCUCAGAAACUCUCCAUUAGACUGUCUGGCAGGUACGCGCACAGCCAGUUCGUGGAGAUCAACAGCCACAGUCUCUUCUCCAAGUGGUUCUCAGAGAGUGGAAAACUGGUCACGAAGAUGUUUCAGAAGAUUCAGGAGCUCAUUGAUGAUAAAGAUGCCCUGGUGUUUGUCCUAAUAGAUGAGGUGGAGAGUCUCACAGCUGCUCGGAGCGCGUCUCAGGCAGGAACAGAACCGUCUGACGCUAUCAGGGUGGUCAAUUCUGUCCUGACCCAGCUCGACCAGAUCAAACGCCACACAAAUGUGGUCAUCCUCACUACAUCCAACGUCACGCAAAAGAUCGAUCUGGCCUUUGUGGAUAGAGCUGAUAUAAAGCAGUACAUCGGCCCACCGAGCGCCAGCGCCAUAUUCAACAUCUAUCUGUCUUGUCUGGAGGAACUCAUGAAGCGUCAGAUCAUCUACCCCAGACAGCAACUGCUGAGUUUGGAGGAACUGGGAACCAUGAACUUCAUGGAGAGCGACGUGACCCAUCUGAGCUUAAGCCUGAGGAACAUCUCCCAGAGGAGUGUGGGACUCAGUGGAAGAGCCUUGAGGAAAAUCCCAUUUCUGGCUCAUGCGCUUUUUGGAAAGACUGCCACAAUGACAGUCGAGAGUUUUCUCAAAGCGAUGGGCCGUGCCGUGGACAAACAGAGACAGGAACAGGCGAGUUUGGUCAACUGUGUUUGAGCUGAAGCAAACUGACGUUCUGCUGUUGAAUCGAAACGGUUUCUUGUUUUUUUGUUUGUUAGUUCAAUAUUUCUGCUCAGUUCACCAGCUUCAUCCUCUGAAAAUGUCCUAGAACAAACCAGUGUUGUUUUAUUUCAAGUUUGAAAGUUUAAAACAGCACUUAUCUAUAUGAGACUGUCAUCUUCUAGAUGGCAUUUUUCAAGUCCGCAUUCAUAAGCGGAAGUUUUGGUGUCCUGAAUCCGAGUUUAUAAUAUGCACUGUAGCCGCUGCUCUCUGCAUAUGAAAAAAUGAUGUUCUUUUUUUAUGUUCAGUUUUUAUAUGUGUAUAUAUUUAAAAUCAUUUGAUUAAAAUGAGACAAUUCA